AUGACAGACAUUGCAGAAGUGGAUGGCUAUCCUUCGUUAGAAGCUCAAGCCUUUGUGAACAACAUCUUUGACCAAUAUAAAAAUGCUGAUGAUACGCUCGCAAAAAAGCUUGGGGAGCUGAAUCUCAACAAUCGCCGGCGACUGAACGAGCACUCUAGUGGAUCUAAGGCAGAGAAACCUGCUGAAACACAUGUGAGAGUAUCAGGUUUCAAUAGUAUCGUUACAUUCGACGAGUCGAACGAGCAGGUUUACGUCCCAAUACCAUUUCAUUAUGGCGAUGAUUGGAGUCCCAACAACAAUGGCUCCAAGAUUCCAAGACGAAAAGAAAGCAAUGCCUAUGUGCCUCCAGCACCCUGGCAAGUACGGCUUGAAGCACCGUUCAAAUGCGCACUGUGUAAGAAAAUCGUUACUCUCAGAGGCCACGAGGCAUGGAUGAUACAUGUGUAUGCAGAUCUAAAAUCGUACAUCUGCAUACACCCUCUGUGCAACCAAUCAUUCGAGUACUACCACCUCUGGGUCGAGCAUGUCUUGACCAGUCAUUUUCCAGGACUGAAACGAUAUUGUCUCUAUUGCAACGCCGAGAUAAACAGCACAGACCGAACUUCCACACGCAAUGCAUUCGUGGAGCAUCUGGUUUAUAAUCACUGGGACAGCCUGAGUGAUACCGAACGCACCGCUGCAACCCUGGACACCGAGAGAUUUGUCCUUGCUCCGUUCAAUUCGUUUCCUUGUGGUAUUUGUCGACGAACAAACUGGAAGACAUGGUUUGAGUUUGCAGCACAUAUGGCCCGCCACUUGGAAGAGAUCUCACUGGCAGCUCUUCCAGAUCAUAUGUAUUCACUCGAUGAAAGCCCAGCUGCCAGGAAGCAACUCCAUAAGAAACGUCGGCAGGAUGCUCCAAAGGAAAAUGUCGAUAAUUUAGAGCUAAGUCUCAACAGAAGACAGCACAAGCCCGAUGAAGACGAAGAAGAGAGUGAUUUAAGUGAAGAAGAUCCAGAGUACGUCAGGGUAGACCGAGAGCUAACCAAAGCACCAUUACCAUCAGUCAAAAAGCCGCAUCGGGGCAGUCUCCGGCCUCGGAAAGUGCAUGAGAAAGUCAAAGAAAGCAAGCAAGAUCAAGACGAACAAGAAGAGCCAACCUCAUCUCCUCAUGUCAAGUUCGAAGAUAAAAGUCGGGAUCGCAACCAUCGAAAACAUGCAUCGCACAACCCUUCACCGUCUAAGGGCAAAGGUUCCAAGAAUCAACCUGUUCAGCAGUAUCCUAGCGAGGAUACCAGGCUGGAUGCAAUGAGAUCUUAUUAUAAAGCCUAUCAAGAGCGAUAUGAACAGCUGAAAGCAGGUGGUCAAGGUUACGAAAAUUAUGGAUAUCCAUCAGCACACGCAUAUCCAAAUUACUAUAGAGGAGGCUACCCUUAUGCCGUAGGGGGAUAUGAUAAUAGACUCCUGUAUUCGGGGCACAGCAACGACCAUUCUAAUUGUCGCUGUCAGACAUGUGCCGCGAUGCGCGAAGACUACCUUGGUGAAUGA